AUGCCUGUCACUAGUCAAGCGAAAGUGGCACCCUACUCUCAUCGUAUAACUAGUUUUGAAAAAAAUGACGACGAAUAUCCAUGGGAUCAGCGGCGGCGAAAUCGACCUAAAUCGUUAGCAACAUGUUGCACACGCCCUUGCGCAUGUUUUGGUGGAUUGAUCCUAUUGCUGCUACUUUGCCUGGCUAUUGGAAUUCCAGUCUUAAGUAGUAUUAUUGAUGCAACAACAACAACAACUACUACUACAACUACUACCACUACGACAACGACGUCAACGUCAACGUCAACGACAACCAGCAGUAGUAGUACAAGUAGUACAAGCACUACAACGAAAACCACAACAACAACUACCAUCAGUAAAAUCCCUUGUUCACCUACUUGUAAUGCUGAGCAACUAUGUGUGCUGGGCAAAUGUGUAGGUAUUGGAUAUUUAUCUUUCACUUUGACAUGGUCUCGGAAUGGAGAUGGAGAUUUGGUCGUCAAAACACCAAAUGGCAAAGUCAUUUGUUUUAAUAAUACAGGCCCAUCACCAGCCACUGAUCAAGGAAGAUUAGAUGUAGACGACCAAACUGGAACAGGACCUGAAAAUAUUUUCUGGUCCAAUUCGGGAUCCAAGCCACCAACUGGCAUCUAUCAUGCUUGCUUUGAACCAUAUAAUUUUAAUCCAAAUAUUACUAAUCUCAGUCCUAUCUCUGUAACACUGAAUAUCAAGGGAUCGAAUAAUACGUUCAGUACUACGGUGAAUUUUACAUCUACAAUCAAAAAUAAAUAUGAUUGUAAUGCGAAUGCGCCAAAUCUUCUUGCUUCCUAUACUUACCCAUAA